AUGCGUUUCUCUAUUGUCUUCACUCUCUCGGCCAUCGCCCUGGCCAAUGCCCAGAGCAGCGUCUCCAUCGAGACCGUUGACAACCCUGCUACGCAGUACCUGACCCAGACAAACUCCCUCGGCGUCGUGACUGGCCAACCUGUAGCCGUCACUACCCAGCCCACUGUUGUCACGAGCCAGGCAGCUGCCGUGACCUCGCAGCAGCCUGCCGCCUCCAUCCCCGCUGGUCUGACCUCGCCCGUCGCCGGCCCCGGUGCCACUCACACCACUUUUUCCACUGCCUCUAGCCUCACUGGCACUGGCACUGGCACUGGCACUGGCACUGACACUGGCGCCAGUACCGACGCCAGCUCCUCUGCUACUAGUACCGAGACCUCGGACUCCUCUAGCAGCACUGUCACUGGCUCCUCCACUAGCACCAGUUCCGCUUCGGACUUUUCAAACUCUUCGUCCAGCUCUGGCUCUGGAUCCAGCGCGUCUACUUCUGCUUCCAGCUCCACCUCCAAGGGUGGUGCUGCUAUCGCCACUGCUGGCCCCGUCGGUCUCGGCAUGGUUGCCGGUGCUGCUCUCGUUGCUUUCCUGUAA